AUGGCCAUCUCCCACGUCUUUGCUCGUUACGUCUACGACUCCAGAGGUAACCCAACCGUCGAAGUCGACUUGACCACCGAAAAAGGUUUGUUCAGAGCAAUUGUCCCAUCUGGUGCCUCUACUGGUAUCCACGAAGCUCUUGAAUUGAGAGACGGUGACAAGUCCAAGUGGCUCGGUAAGGGUGUCCUCAAGGCCGUUGCCAACGUCAAUGAAAUCAUUGCCCCAGCCAUUGUCAAGGCCGACAUCGAUGUCAAGAACCAAACCGCCGUCGAUGACUUCUUGUUGAAGUUGGACGGUACCCCAAACAAAUCUAAGCUCGGUGCUAACGCCAUCCUCGGUGUUUCCCUUGCCGCCGCUAAGGCCGGUGCCGCUGAAAAGGGUGUCCCAUUGUACGCCCACGUUGCUGACUUGGCUGGUACCAAGAAGCCAUACGUUUUGCCAGUCCCAUUCCAAAACGUCUUGAACGGUGGUUCCCACGCCGGUGGUCGUCUUGCUUUCCAAGAAUUCAUGAUUGUCCCAACCGAAGCCCCAACCUUCUCUGAAGCCUUGAGAAUCGGUUCUGAAGUUUACCACACUUUGAAGUCCGCUGCUAAGAAGCAAUACGGUCAAUCCGCCGGUAACGUCGGUGACGAAGGUGGUGUUGCUCCAGAUAUCCAAACCCCAGAAGAAGCUCUUGACUUGGUUGUCGGUGCCAUUAAGACCGCUGGUUACGAAGGUAAGGUUGGUAUUGCCCUCGAUGUCGCCUCCUCCGAAUUCUACAAGGACGGUAAGUACGACUUGGACUUCAAGAACCCAGACUCCGACCCAUCCAAGUGGUUGUCUGGUGAAGAAUUGGCUGCUCUUUACGCUGAGUUGUUGAAGAAGUACCCAAUUGUCUCCAUCGAAGAUCCAUUUGCCGAAGAUGACUGGGAUGCUUGGGUCCACUUCUUCAAGACCGUCGACACCCAAAUUGUCGGUGAUGACUUGACCGUUACCAACCCAAUCAGAAUCAAGACUGCCAUUGAAAAGAAGGCUGCCAACGCUUUGUUGUUGAAGGUCAACCAAAUUGGUACUUUGUCCGAAUCCAUCCAAGCCGCUAACGACUCUUACAAGGCUGGCUGGGGUGUCAUGGUUUCCCACAGAUCUGGUGAAACUGAAGACACCACCAUUGCUGACUUGUCUGUCGGUUUGAGAUCUGGUCAAAUCAAGACUGGUGCUCCAGCUAGAUCCGAAAGAUUGGCCAAGUUGAACCAAAUCUUGAGAAUCGAAGAAGAAUUGGGUGACAAGGCCAUCUACGCCGGUAAGCAAUUCCACAAGUCUGCUGCCAUCUAA